AUGGGCCUCUUUGACUUCUUCAAGUCCUCGAAGCAGGAACCUCCCCGUACCCAGGAGCCAACUUGGGAUCCGAAUACCCUGUCUAUGCAGCAACCUUUGAGUCCUGCCGCUCCAACUGCUGAGCGUGUUGUUUCUGAACAGCCUGACGCGCAGGAGAAUACGAAGAUACAAUUGCGUGGCGGUGGUGCGGGUGAUGUGCGCCGGUCUACUUUGCUUCGAGUGUUGUGA